UAUUAGAAACAGAUAAAUAAAAACUCUUAUCUUUUCCUAAAUUUUAAUAUAACUAAUAACUGGCCAGUUACAUACAAGACAAGAAUUCUCUAUCUGAGUGAAGAAGAAUAUCUUAACAAAGAAGAUAAAGAUAUAGGUUUUUAACCUAACAUUUGAAGCAAAAUUAGGUUAAAGUCUAUAUAGAAAUAAAUCCUAAAUAUGAAAUUAACACAAUUUCUAUUAAAUAGAGUUGGAAAAUGGUCCAAACAAUUUUCAAAUUUUCCUGAGCGAUACAUUAAAAGAGCAAUGGAACAAGUACAUUGGAGGAACCCUAAAGGUAUUCAAUAUAAAGCGAAUGCUGUCAUUGAACGUAAAAAGUUUUACUUCUCAACACAUAGACCUUGGACACUUCAAUUCAGGCAGGAAAAUGCUCCUGGUACUAGACGUAAAAAAAUUUGGAUUGAACCAUUAAAAGAGUGGAGUCACUUUCGAGGAGAUCGUGUAGAAAUAUUAGUUGGUAAAGAUAAAGGAAAACAAGGAAUAAUCAAGGAAAUAAUACAAGAAAGAAAUUGGGUGAUUGUUGAAGGACUUAAUUGUGAAUUACAACAAAUAGGAGAUAAUAAAGAUUUCGAGGGAGUUUGGGUACAAUCAGAAAAACCUUUGCUUGUUACAUCUGAAAUAUCUUUAGUUGAUCCAUCAGAUCUUUUACCAACCACUUUUGAAUGGAGAUAUACAGAGGAGGGUGAAAAAGUAAGAGUAUCAAUAAGAACAGGCCGAAUAAUUCCGAUACCACCUUCAAUGGAGGAAACAUAUGAUUAUAAAACAAAAUCAACUUAUAAGGAACAACCUAAAGAUACCACAGCAGAUGAUGCUAGUGAGAUUUCAUUUAAACCUGAUUUAAAAACUUUUGAGAUGGAUAUCAUGGAUAAAAUGAACAUCAAAGAAGAAAGAAUACCACCAAAAUCAUAUUGGUACUAGUAUAUAUAUAUAUAUAUAUAUAUAUAUAUAUAUAUAUAUAUAUAUAUAAAACAAAAUAAAGAUUAGUUAUGUAUUUACUUCUAAAUAUAAAUGAAAGGGUGCGUUAA